AUUGCGGGGGAAAUUUAAUUUCGUAUAUACCGGCUCUAAUUAUCAUAUGCAAAUAUUUAUAGCGGAUUUCCUCCACUAACCAUCAGGCGAAGCACUCUAUUUAAGAGAUUAUACAUCUUAAAUUAAAAUUUUACUAAUCAAAUCAACAACAAAUCAAAUAUACCCCAUAGUCUUUUUACCGAUUUUCACCAUGGCUGAACGUAGACUCUUUCAAGAAUACAACCGAUACAAGAAAUCACCACCAAGCAAGUCCAACCCACAAAUCAUAUCCCUCAAUCCUAUAUCUGAAGACAACAUCUUUAACUGGCAAGCUAUAAUUUCUAAACCAACCAAAAAGGACAACCCAUUUUAUUAUGGCGGGCAAUGGAAAUUAAGCAUCGCUGUCUCACGGCAAUAUCCGUUGGAACCACCAGUGAUAAAGUUCAUAACUCCAAUAGUACAUCCUAAUAUUAACUUGAAAACUGGGGAAAUAUGUUUAGACAUUCUCAAAAAGGACGCGUGGUCACCGGCAUGGAAUUUAGAACAUUUACUAGUGGCAAUAUUAAUGUUGUUGGAUUCUCCUGAACCUGAUUCCCCUUUAAAUAUAGACGCUGCCAACUUAUAUAGACAUGAUCCAGUUGGCUUUCAAAGCAUGGUUCAGUUCAAUAUGUGGAAAGUUGGAUCUUUUGUUGAUGUCAAAAAGUCUACCCCCACCACCAUUACCAAAUCAAACCAAGUUAUUAGAGAUGUAAGUGGACUGAAAAUACGUGCUAUAAUUGCAUGAACAAGUUCCUUCCCAAAAAAAAGUUACACUUUAUGCUUAUAUAGAUAAAAUAUUCUUAGUGUUCUAUUUUAUAUAUAUAUAUUGAUACACACAUGCAAAACUAUAUUACAGAUAAUGAGCAACCUCCAACCUAACGUAAUCUUCUGGCUUCUCUUUCGGAUUCCAUUAAACAUAAGAUAUCGUUUUCUCUGACUGGACCCUUAACAUUUCUAACAAUAGUUCUGGAGGAGUCUUCUAAAAAUUCAACUCUAACUUGAGUAACACCACCUCUUGAACCGGUUCUACCCAAAACCUUGAUAACCUUGGCUAAUGUAACAUCAGAUUUAGCGUCCAUUUUUUGUAUAUAUUUAUCUUAGUGCUAU